GUUGUAGAAGCGAGAGGAGUCAGAGACCCCAGGCCUCCAGCUGCUGGCGCGGAGAGGUUCUCUUGUCUCUGGCUGGGCAGGUUGGCGGCUCUGUCCCGGCCCCCGAAAACUCCUGGGCUCCUCGAGGCUGGGGAAGCAUCCCCGCCAGCGCCGCAGCGAGGAUUCCGGGAACUGCCUGGGACAGUCGGGGGCGGUGGAGCGAGCUGAGAGGCGGAGCCGGGCCGAGAAGGGGAGCCGGCGCCUCUGCGACCUCUGCCCUUUCUCCCGGCUCCGAGGACCCCCAGCCCUUACUUAACGCCUCCUGCUGGAGCCGGACUGGCCGCUGAGAACAACCCCACCUAGAGAAGUCUGAUCCUUCAGUCAAGUGGCUGAUGUGGGAAAAGCAGUCUGCUGCUGAUUCAGUCUGGAGAAAGCACAGUGUUCCUUUCCCUAGGGUAUGUGGUUUCCAGGUAACCUGUGGCGUUCUCAUCUGGCUUUGUCUUCUGCCUGUCCUGACUCAAUGCAAGCUGUGGAGUUGAAUCUGCGGGGAAACAGGAAGAAUUUGAGGUCUCCAGCCCUGACUCUGUUGUGAUUUGCUGUAAACUGUUUCAGUCCUUGCAGUUUGGUCAAGAAAUCUCAGGCCCUUUCUCAGCUCCUUUGCUUGCUGCCGUGGCCUUGGCGGCACCCGUCCCCAGUGAUCAGCCCAGGGCUUCCCCUGCCCAUGCAGUCUCCUGCUCACACUGCUGAGGGCCUCAGUGGUCCCCUCUUUGGGGCCUAUGCACUCCCUACCUUCAAGUUCCAGCCUCGCCAUGAGAGUGUGGACUGGAGGCGCAUUAGCGCCCUAGAUGUGGACCGCGUGGCACGGGAGCUAGACGUGGCUACCCUGCAGGAAAACAUUGCUGGUGUCACCUUCUGCAACUUGGACCGGGAGGCCUGCAGCCGCUGUGGACAGCCUGUGGACCCAGCACUGCUCAAGGUGCUGCGCCUGGCACAGCUCAUCAUUGAGUACCUGCUGCACUGUCAAGACUGCCUGAGUGCCAGUGUUGCCCAGCUCGAGGCACGGCUGCAGGCCAGCCUGGGCCAGCAGGAGCGUGGUCAGCAGGAGCUGGGCCGCCAGGCUGACGAGCUCAAAGGUGUGCGGGAGGAGAGCCGCCGGCGUCGCAAGAUGAUCAGUACCUUGCAGCAGCUGCUCCUGCAGACAGGUGCCCACAGCUACCAAAUGUGCCACCUGUGUGACAAGACGUUCAUGAAUGCCACCUUUCUCCGGGGCCACAUCCAGCGCAGGCAUGGGGGCAUGGCGGAAGGUGGAAAACAGAAGAAGCAGGAACAGCCAGUGGAGGAGGUGUUAGAAGAGCUGCAGGCCAAGCUAAAGUGGACCCAAGGGGAGCUGGAAGCCCAGAGGGAGGCUGAGAGGCAGCGGAUGCUUCAGGAAGCAGAGAUCACUCGUCAGAGGGAAAUAGAAGCUAAGAAAGAAUUUGAUGAAUGGAAAGAAAAAGAGCGGGCCAAGCUAUAUGGAGAAAUAGACAAGCUUAAAAAAUUAUUUUGGGAUGAAUUUAAAAGUGUUGCCAACCAUAACUCUACACUAGAGGAGAAACUAAAGGCACUACAGUCCCACAGUGUGAUGGGAUCCAACCUCGGGUCGCUGCGGGAUGAGGAGUCUGAGGAGAGACUCAGGCAGGCACAGGAGCUCCGGGCCAUGAGGGAGAAGAUAGAGGUUCAGAAAACAGAAUGGAAGAGAAAAUUGAAGGAACUGCAGGAGGAGCAUGCAGCUCAGAAGAGAGAGUUGCAGGAGGAGAAUGAGAGGCUCCAGGCCUCCCUGUCUCAGGAUCAGAGGACAGCGGCUGCCCAGUCCCAGCGCCAGAUCAAUGCCCUCCGCACCCAGCUCCAGGAACAAGCCAGGCUCAUCGCCUCCCAGGAGGAGAUGAUCCAGACCAUGUCUCUCAGGAAGGUGGAGGGGAUCUGUGAGGGUCUGAAGGCUGUGGACACUGAAGAGAACUCUUCUGAGGAAGAGCUGGAGGAUUCACAAGAUGGACAGCAAAAGGUGCUGGCAGCUCUGAGGCGAAACCCCACUUUGCUGAAGCAGUUCAGGCCAGUCCUGGAGGACACCCUGGAAGAGAAACUGGAAAGCAUGGGCAUAAAGAGAGAUGCAAAGGGAAUUCCGGUUCAGACUCUCAGACACCUGGAGUCCCUCCUGAGGUCCCAGCGGGAGCAGAAGGCGGGGAGGUUUUCUGAAUUUCUGAGUCUUAGGGAAAAGCUCAUCAAAGAAGCCACCAGCAGAGUGAAGGAGAGACAGAGGCAAGGGGCCCUGGGGUCCCAGCCGGAUGGCAAGGCUCCAGUCAAAAGUCAGCAGAACCCUCUCGUCACCAAAGAGGUACAGCCAAAGGCCAGGACCCUGAACGUGGCAUCGCCAUCCAAGCCGGUAGAGCCACCUGUGACCAGUCUUCAAAGCCGCGGCAGCCACGGCCCUGGCCUGGCCCAGGUGCCCACCCCGACUCCACGCCUCGCAGUGCGUGGACCCUCCGGCACCACUUCUUCCCCAGGGCUUGGGCUAAGCAGUACACCCCCGUUCAGUUCCGAAGAGGACUCAGAGGGACAUUCUGUGCAGCAGACAUCUCGUCAGCCCCCAAAAGUUCCUUCCAGGAUGGGGCCCCGGCCUGAGGAUGACUCGGACUGGUCUGACACUGGGACCUCAGAGGGGAGUGCCCCAUUCCCUGGCAAGGGCUCAGGGGGGCCGGCUUCCUCAGGGACACUGGUGCAGUCGAUGGUCAAAAACCUUGAGAAGCAGCUGGAGGCUCCAGCGAAGAAGCCAGCUGGAGGGGUCAGUCUGUUCUUAACGCCCAACACCGGGCCACAGAGGCCUGCCGCGCCAGGAAGGAAGCCUCAGCUUUCCGAUGAUGAGAGCGACUUGGAGGUCUCUUCUUUGGAAGAUCUCCCCCAGGACCUGGACCAGAGAGGGAAACCGAGGCCCUUGUCUCACUCGAAGCUCCCGGAGAAGUUUGGCACCAGCGCUUGGAGCCCUGGCCAACCUAGGGUCCCUGGCUGGUGAUCCCACCCCAGAGCCUAGCUGGUUGGAGAACUAGUCUUGUCAUGGGUCUCGGGCCGGCUGACGUCCCACCCCACCAGAAGAGGCUGCUGAUCCUCUUGUCUUCAUCAGUAACCAAGAGGUCUUCUCCCUUGGAGAGAAGCGAAGCGGAAGAUGGAGAUGAUUUCGCCCCUCUCACCCGUGAGGGACCCUGCCUGAGAGUGCCAGGGAGGCCUGGCUGGGUGCCCUCAGGCCCCAUGGCUUGAGAAAAGGUGUGAUAGGACCUCUGAGCAGUUUUCUUCCUUCACCUCCAUGUUCACUCCAGACCGAAAGGGUCCAUUGGGUCUCUGUUCCCAGCAUUUGUAAACCUGUGGGAACACUGUGGAGAUGGGUCUUAUAUGGGGUCCUUUUGGGGACACAUACCUCAGUCAGCCAUUCAGUGACUGAUCGAAAGUCAUUUACUGAGUACUUGCUCUGUGUCCGGUCCUCCUUUGCAGAGUUGGGGUACAGGGCAGAGGCGGGAAGAAUGGGAUAGUAAUCUAGUGACAGAGAUUAGGGUGUUAUGGGAGCAUAGGAGGGGCCACCCAGUACAGCCUGGGGUGACCAUCCCAUGGUUGAUGUCUGGCAGGGCUUGCUCAUUGGUGGGAGGAAGGAAGGCACCUUGACCGGGGCCUCAUAUCCCCAAAGGACUGCGAAUUUAAUUUUUGAUAUUAUUUCCAAAAUUAAGUUAUAUAUAACCGCUGUAUUUUUUUUUCACGUGGAAAGCUUUCAUUUAUUAUAUUGCAAACAUAU